AGACAGCACAAAAUAUCGAGAAGAGCAUCGGCCUUGCUAAAUUGGUUACUUCGUGAUGGGAGAAGUUUCAGAUAGAGAUGACUAUGAAUACUCGACGAGUGAAGAUGAUGCUGAAUAUAGCUGGAUUGGAUGGUUUUGCUCGAGAAAAGGGCAUGAAUUCCUAUGCGAGGUUGACAGAGAAUUUGUAGAAGACAACUUUAAUCUCUAUGGCCUACGCGCUCUCGUGCCCCAUUAUAAUGAAGCGUUGGAUAUGAUUUUGGACAUUGAAAGAAUGGAAGAGACGCCAACUGAUGACAGACAGGCCAAAAUUGAAUCUUCUGCCGAAUAUUUGUAUGGUCUGAUACAUGCAAGAUACGUUUUAACAAGCGCUGGCCUCAACGCGGUUCUUGAAAAGUACUACAAUGCGGAAUAUGGCAGAUGCCCCCGAGUAUUCUGCAAAGAUCAGCCAGUUUUGCCAGCAGCUAUUUCAGACGUGCCGCACGAAGAAGCGGUCAAGGUUUUUUGUCCUAGCUGUGAGGACAUGUACACCGCUAAAUCCAGACUUGACGGAGCUUUCUUCACCACUUCCCUUCCUCAUCUUCUUCUGCUACAGUAUCCAGACAUCAAACCGCCAAGACAAACGGAACGAUAUGUACCAAGAAUUUAUGGCUACAGGAUACACAAGCCGAAAAAGUGA